ACCCCCACCGGGCAAUGAAAGCUUUUGGGAAGCCGCGAAUUGUCAGCAAGAAGUGGAUCGUUGUAGUCAGCCUUAGUGGUUGAGGCAAGUGUGUGCUUCUGAGCUAAGGAAUGGCCAUGGUACAAAGAUUUCACUGGGGCCGUAAAGGAUUUAGUGACAAGAGAAUUUAAGUCCUCACGAGCAGAAAGAAGUCGGGCGUGCGUUUGAAGCCCGAUCUUCCGGGACCUGUGCUUUGCACUUUCCUUCCAGACCCGGUGAAACUUCAGCCUGCGUAGGCUGAGGUCAGAAGUGCCCGCCAAGAUGGAAGUGAAUCCCCCCAAACAGGAGCACCUGCUGGCGCUAAAAGGUCCUGUUUCUUCUGAUUUGACAAGAAAGACAAUUUUGUAAUAAUAAAUUACAUUCUAGCUCUGAAGAAUUCAGCUAAGAAAUUUUAUCUUCAUUAAGAGUUAAUGGAUAGCUGCAGAAUGACCACUGAAGUAAUAUUACAUUAUCGACCAUAUGAAAACGAUCCCAAACAGCUGGCAAAAAUUGCAGAAAAUGUAAUUCAAGACUUUCCUACUCACCCACUACCAAGAUUUAUUCCUUGGUUUCCAUACGAUGAGUCCAAACUUCCACUCAAGCCUGAAAGAUUACCACCAGUAAUUUCUGAAGAGGCUGCUGAGAGCGUGAAGCAGUACUUAGCCAUCUCAGAACCUGGUGUUAAAUCCCAGAGCUAUGACUGCACAGUAGAUCUCUUGGAGUUUCAGCCUAGCUCAAAACUGCAGCACUUUAUCCAAUCACACACAGUGAAGGAGCAGACCAAUGCGGCACAUUUGGAUAAAAAUUCAGGAAAAGAAAAACAGCACAAGCAGAGAUCCUGGAGUGUUUCGCUUGCCAGCAGCCACUGUCCAGAAAAGAUCUUUCCUUUGUCUAGAAAAUUGCAAGCUAGUUUAAGGACACUACAUUUGCACUCCUUUCAUAGAGCAAGAUGGACUUUAGAAUACAGUGUUUGCAACAACCAGACUCUGGAAGACAUUUGGACAAAACUCAAUCGCCUUAUCAGGCGCGAUGAACUCCCUUCUUGUAACGCUACCAUCCAGAGACAGUUAGGCCAAAUAUGGGUGUUCUGUGAUAUUAAGUGCUGUGAAUAUGUAGGAAAUCUCCUUAAAGAAAGAUUAUCUCUUAUUGGGAAAAUUGAUUUAUUUGUACACAAAUAUGGUGUUAUUUUUAGUAUGUAAUAAAUUUUGAUCAUCAGGAAAAGAAUUCUGAAUGAAAUGAAUAUGGACUGAAAUUGUGAAAUGAAUAAAUUUUAUUGAUCAUUACAUUUUUAAUGACUUAAAUUUUGAUGCUUCUUUAUAGUAUGAGGAAAUAAUUGUGUAAUAUGGAUACAGUUUGUGUCCAGUAUAUAAAUAUCACAUAAUUCCAAGGCUUGUCAGUCAAUUCAGGAACAUUCCAGAUUAUGUUUAUUAGCCUUCUGUUAAGUGAGCUUUGAUGAAUUACUGUUUGUAUUAAAAUUGAACGUAAGUGUUCUAACCUUUAUCCCAAUGAUUUGAGUUUAAAUGAAUGAUUUUAUUUUAGUGAAUCCUUAAAAAUCCUUAUUCAUUUAAAUAUAAUAUGAGCUGUGUUGUAAAAUUAAAAGUCUUAUCAAAGUA